GGGCUUGGUAACUUGGUUGUUGGUUAAUUUUAUAGCAUUUCGCUUGAAAGAUUUUGUUUAUGUUCAUUGAAAAGAUCAAAUAAAAAUAGAAAGUACCAGUCUAGAAUCUAAAAAAAUACCUCAAAAUGACUAUUGGGAAGAACAACAAAAUGAUCCAGCACCUGAACUACAGGGUGCGGAUCGUACUCCAAGAUUCGCGGACAUUCAUUGGUACCUUCAAGGCCUUUGACAAACACAUGAAUUUGAUACUAGGGGACUGUGAGGAGUUCAGGAAAAUAAGACCGAAAAAUACCAAGUUACCUGAGCGAGAAGAGAAACGUGUUUUGGGAUUUGUGUUGCUGAGAGGAGAAAAUAUCGUCUCGUUGACAGUUGAAGGUCCUCCACCUCCAGAAGAAGGUCUUCCCAGAGUACCUAUUCCUGGGGCUGCUCCUGGACCUGGUAUGGGACGUGCUUCUGGUCGUGGUGUUCCCGUAAAUAUCUCUUCAGUUCCUGCUGGUCUCCAGGGUCCAGUGCGAGGAGUUGGUGGACCAUCACAGCAGCAUAUGGCUCCCUUGGGUCGUGGAGUCCCACGGAACCCAAUGAUGGGAGCCCCGCCACCGGGUAUGAUGCCCGGCAUGCCACCAAUGCCAGCGAAUAUGGGUCGGGGUGCACCACCACCAAUGCGAGGUCCACCACCCGGAAUGAUGCGUGGAGGUCCUCCACCCGGCCGAGGUGGAUACUGAAAACUUUCGAGUUUAACUUUUUAUAAUUUCUAUAAUCUUAAACGUCUUUACGCCGUAAUAUUGUGUGUAAUUCUGAAAUAAAUUUAAAUAAAGUGGAUUUAUCGUAGAA